GAAUUUCAGUAUCCCGAAGCACGUUGUACCCCUCCCCCGUCUAAAGUGCGCGGUACGUGGGUCGCUGUCUGAUUCAGCUGUCUGAUUUGAGCAUAGGUUACCGAUCAUGGUGAGCAUUUCUGUUGGUGGAAAAUUAGGGACUAGAUAGCGUUAGUGUCACGUCCAAGUCUAUUUCUCAGCGUGACAUUUUACAACAGGACAAGAGAUGGGUUUAUGGGCUUGUGUGAGUCGGAAUUAUAAACUACUGGCAUCUGAUCCGAUUAAUUUAAUGUAGGCUAAUGUAUUAACAGUUUUUAUUCGUCAUUCUAUUUAGAAUAUAUAGAAUCUGUUCAUAGAAUAUUAGUCAAGAUCCCAGUGUAUUAGAAAGUGUGGCGUCCUGUCUACAAGGUAAAUCUGCUAUGUAGCGUAUCGUAGAAGACACAUUUUGUAGGUGUGCAGCAGCGCGAUACGAUCUGGGGGAACUGAAUAGCUGCAAGAUUCUUUAGUAAAACGGGAAGUGCCUAAAAUAAAGACGAUGGAUAUUAUUUGGGAAGUAGUUAUCGUUUUCCAUGUCAACCUCAUCAUUUGUUCCUCAGCUCAACCAAAUCCAUCCAAAGAUCAUGAAGGAUGGUGGGCGUACAAAGAAGCUGUUCAGGGGAAAUUCAUUCCAGUACCAUCAUUCUGGGGAUUAGUAAACUCGGCGUGGAACCUAUGUUCUGUUGGGAAAAAGCAGUCUCCAGUGAACGUAGAGACCAGUCACAUGAUCUUUGACCCAUACCUAGCCCCUCUGAGGCUCAACACAGGCGGACACAUGGUGGGAGGUACCAUGUACAAUACUGGUCGUCAUAUAUCCAUGCGACUGGACAAGGAACACUUGGUGAAUAUCUCUGGUGGACCAAUGACAUAUAGUCACCGUCUUGAGGAGAUCAGGCUACACUUUGGCAGUGAAGAUGGCCAAGGUUCUGAGCACCUACUCAAUGGUCAGGCUUUUGCUGGAGAGGCUCAACUUAUACACUACAACCAUGAACUCUAUCCAAACUACACAGAGGCUGCUAAAAGUCCAAAUGGAUUGGUAGUUGUGUCAAUAUUUAUGAAGAUUGCCGAAACGUCAAACUCAUUUUUGAACCGCAUGUUGAACAGAGACACCAUCACAAGAAUAACAUAUAAAAAUGAUGCAUAUUUUCUUGAGGGACUGAAUGUCACGGAUAUUUAUCCAGAAACCGCCAGUUUCAUCACAUAUGAAGGUUCUUUGACAGUGCCCCCAUGCUAUGAGACCUCUACAUGGAUACUGAUGAACAAGCCGAUAUAUAUGACUAAGAUGCAGAUGCACUCGAUGCGUCUCCUGAGUCAGAAUGAUCCCUCUGUUAUUUUUCUGAGCAUGAGUGACAAUGUUCGUCCAGCACAGUCUCUCAACAACCGAUGCAUCCGCACCAACAUCAACUUCAACAUGCUGGUCAGAGACUGUCCAAAUAACAGGGCUCAGAGACUGCAAUAUCGAGUGAACGAGUGGCUGCUUAAAUAGACAUGAAGAGGACCAAGAAGGACCAUAUCACUGCAGGAUCAACCAUGACACUGUACUUAGUUAAAAAAGGAAUCAUGAAGGGAAAAAGAACACUAAAAUAUGAAAAUAAUUCAUAAGUCAAGAACAUUUGUAGUCUGAUGCAAAUACAUUUUAUACUUACUUUUCUGGGAGAAAAAACCCAGAAAAGCCAACGCUGCUUCACAAAUGAAAACAGAGUAUACAGUUGCAUGCAAAAGUUUGGGCACCCCUCUGCAAAUGACAGAUUUUGUUGAUUUUUAAAGUGAAAUAAAUAAAUACAAUCCCUGCAGAAAAAAA